UUACAAAACGAUGGGCCGUCCGUCAAAGCGCGCCACACAACACAACACAUUUCUCCUCCGAAUCAAUUUCUUCACAAUAUUUCUCAUCAAAUCCCUAAUCCCUCCUUUUCCAUUCCAUCAAUUCAAAUAUAUAAUAAUAUCAAAAAUCAAAUUGUUAUCCAAACUCCAAAACCAUGUUCACCACUUUGUUACUACAACAACCUUGCCCCUUCCAUUUCUCAUUUCCUCGCAUUCACAUACCUCACACCUUCACAACUUCAAUUUCAAUUAAACCAAUCACAAAACCCAUCAAAUGUCACAAAAACCCAUCCCAAUCAUUAACUUCCAAUCCCAAAUCCAAAUCCCCAUUAGAAUCCCUCGCCAAAACAAUAUGGAACACACUUCGAAAACCCGCGGUAGCCGCGAUAUUAAUCGGAAUUUUAUUAAUAUCCGAUCCAAACACUUCAUUAGCAGCAUCUGGAGGUAGAAUGGGAGGAAGAUCUUUCUCUUCAUCAUCAUCUUCAUCAUCUUCUUCGAGGAGUUAUUCAGUUCCAUCAUCACCGAGUCGAGGAGGAGGGUUUUCUUACUCUACUCCAUAUUAUGGACCUUCUCCGUUUAGCGGUGGUGUUUACUUUGGACCUGCUGUUGGAUUUGGAGUUGGUGCUGGCUCCAGUUUCUUUCUUAUCUUAGUCGGUUUCGCCGCUUUUAUUUUGGUUUCUGGUUUUCUUUCCGAUCGUUCUGAUGGUAGUGUUCUCACUGCUGCUGGAAAAACCACCGUUCUCAAACUUCAGGUUGGGUUGUUGGGGAUGGGUCGCUCACUUCAAAGGGAUCUGAAUAGGAUUGCAGAAGUUGCAGAUACGUCAUCUCCAGAAGGUUUGAGCUACAUAUUGUCAGAAACUGCAUUAGCUUUGCUUCGGCAUCCUGAUUAUUGUAUCUCGGGGUAUUCAUCUGUGGACAUAAAACGGGGUAUAGAAGAUGGGGAAAAACACUUUAAUAAACUUUCAAUUGAAGAGCGAGGAAAAUUUGAUGAAGAGACGCUGGUCAAUGUUAAUAACAUAAAGAGGCAAAGCACAAGAAGCCAGAGAUCUAAUGGGUUCAGCAAUGAAUACAUAGUGAUAACAAUCUUGGUAGCUGCUGAAGGAGAAACUAAAAUUCCUAGCAUCAAUGGAAGUGGAAACUUGAAGGAAGCUUUACAAAAACUUGGAUCCAUUCCUUCGAGCAAAUUAUUAGCAGUUGAGGUUUUAUGGACUCCACAAAAUGAGAAUGAUACUCUCUCAGAACGGGAAUUGCUUGAAGAUUACCCACUUUUGAGGCCUUUGUAAAUUGCAAUGGCAUGCUUGCACUCUGCUUCCCGCCUUCCACGGUUAUACAGCUGCGGCCAAUACCAGUAUGACAUUGUGUCGUUAUAAAGGUUCUUAAUCAUUGUUUUUAUUAGUUGUAAAUAUUACCCAAUAGGAUCUCCUCUGAAGAAUACGUAUCAUAUUAUAGAUAAUUAAUUUUUUCGCCUUAAUUUUA